GGCACCACAUGGUCAGUGAACAGACUGAGACUAGAUCAUAGGUUGCAUAAUUUACACACUUUUUAUAAGGAAAAUAUAUCAAAAAAUAUCAACCACUGUUAUGAAGAUGUCUAUUGGAAUUCCCGUAGUGUCUACAAUGAAUAAACGGGAUUGGGCAAUUUGCCUGGAAUGCUCUGUAGGAGGGCAUGGAAAGACUUCACAUUAAAAACACAAUGAUCUUUAGGACCGUGGGGUGUCACAUUGCUCUAUCUCUGCUCGCUGCUUUCAGUCUGUGUGAAUUCCAUUAUAAGAAUGGGUUGAGUCCGCACACACACACACACACACACACACACGCGCGCGCGCGCUGUAAUCUCACACUGCGCGAGCGGAGCGCGGCAAUUUAAUGACGGCAUAAUCUGAUGAAGUAGCAACAAUCAGUGGGAAAAAAGUGGAUCUUCAUGCGCACAUUCCCAGGAAUAUUCCAGCUGGCUUCAGGAUGAAGACACCGAUGCGUCAUGGAGUAGCCGUGUUUCUCGCGAUCACCAUGUGCACCAGUCUGUUCUUCGUGUACAGCGUCAGCUAUAAUAACAGUACAACAUCCAGCGCGUCGAAGGGUGUGUCGGGUGACAAAGUGGAGCCCACCAAUGUGCCCCUCAAGACGCACCGAGCGCCGCCAGCACUGCAGGGAUACAGCAACAUCAUUGACCACAAGCCUCUGAAGAUGCACUGCAGUAGCUGUGCACUGGUCACUAGCUCUGGUCAUCUGACAGGUGGGGGUCACGGAAAAGAGAUCGAUCAGGCAGAGUGCGUCAUCCGGAUGAAUGACGCACCCACAGCCCGGGGCUACGGCUCAGAUGUGGGUCACCGCACAAGCCUGAGGGUCAUCGCUCAUUCCAGCAUGCAGAGAGUGCUGCGCAGCCGCCACGAGCUCCUUAACUCCAGUCAGGACACGGUCUUCAUCUUCUGGGGACCCAGCAGUUACAUGCGGCGGGACGGGAAGGGUCUGGUUUAUAACAAUCUGCGGCUUAUGAACCAAGUGCUGCCCAAACUGAAGGUCUACAUCAUCUCCUGGCAGAAAAUGCUACAGUUUGAUGAGCUGUUCAAAAGAGAGACGGGCAAAGACAGGAGAAUCUCUAACUCCUGGUUAAGCACAGGCUGGUUCACAAUGACUAUUGCCUUAGAGCUUUGCGACAGAAUCAAUGUUUAUGGCAUGGUGCCUCCAGAUUUCUGUAGGGAGUCUCAGCACCCCUCUGUCCCGUAUCAUUACUACGAACCGAUGGGCCCGGACGAAUGUGCCAUGUACAUCUCCCAUGAGCGUGGCCGGCGAGGUAGCCACCAUCGCUUUAUCACAGAGAAGAGGGUCUUCGCUAGCUGGGCUCGGACAUUCAACAUUCAUUUCUACCAGCCGGACUGGAGUCCUCCACCGUUACCGAGAAACAGCUCGGUGACCACAGCCUCGCCUCGAUCUCAGAAAACGUGACUAACCAGAGCCUUCAAAUUAUCUCAAACUGCCUCAAAUGAAUCACUGACUAAUAUUCCUGUUGCCAUGUGAAUUGAGUUGUACAGUAUGUGUUCGAUUGACUGGGAUAGGGUGGGUUUUAGAGGAAUCAUGCUGGGCUUCUUACAUUCAUGAAGGACUGAAGCUAAAACAAUUUAUUUUGCACAUUCAUAAUUUAUUUAUGUAUGAAAGACAUUCCAACAGCCUGUCCGGACCAUGUGUUAUCCAUGAAUAGAAACCCAACUCUAAUUGUGUUCCACUGGGCAGUUUUACUUUUAAGAAGCAUUUGAAAGAAAAUGGGGGCAGAGCCAAGAGCUCAUUGAAUAUAAGAUGAAGUAAUGUUUGGGGGCGGAGCCAAGAGCUCUGGAAUGUUGCUUGGGGGAAAAAAUUGUUAAAAUCAACAUGUGUUUGCAACCCAUUUUACUUCCGCAAUGUGCUGUAUUUCAGAGAGAAACAUCUGGAAUUGAUUGGAUCUUAAAAGUUGGUUGGUUGGAGGGGAGAUGUUAUAAAAUAAGAGGGACUGAUGACAUCGGCCAUUUCAGAGGCAGAGCAAUUUAUUACAUUUUGAAGACAACCAUUUUUUUCUUUCUUUUGAAUAAUGUGCACUGACUCACUUACAAUAAGGCAAGGAACAUGUAUAAACAACAUAAAUGGGGUAAACUUUGAUUUCAUGUUGACUAAAGAAUACAGCAAUUUUAUAAUUACAUUAGAGAUCAAGCGAUCAUAUUAGAGGAUAAGUCAGCUGGCACAACACUGUCCAAUGUAAUAACGACCCUUAUAUAUGCAGAAAUGUAUAACAUGUUCAAUUUCAAGUACUUUUAUUAUUGUUAUGUAUUUCUCAAUUUAAUUAUCUAUUUUAGCCCCCACUGUCACUGAGUUGUUGUAUUUCUUUGAAGUCUUUUUAUGUAUUUAUUUAUGUUGAAGUCUUAUCUUUUAUUUUAUUAUUAUUGUUUUUUCAAGAUAAAUCGUUACAUGGGACAUAAAUGGUGCAAAUGAUACUUUAUUAAGUUGGAUUUUAAUGUUUUAACAUGAACAAUAAAUAUAUUGUUUGUUAAACAGGAAAACCUUUUGAAAAAUGAUUGGCAGUGUGAUGGGAUCCAGCAGCUAUAUGUCGUUCCAAACCCAUAUGACUAAUGCAGAAUGUUCAGGUUGCUCUUUUCCAUACAAUGAAAGUGAAUGGUGAUAAGAUUUUCAAGGCGAGAUUUUCAGUAAAUAACAACCUCACACAAUGGCACUUUUAUGGUGCUUUUUGUCCUUACUGGAUUUUGACAGCCUGGAACACAUAAUAAUACACAAUCAUUAUCCUAAUUUCAGAUGCAAUGGAACAGAGGCGUCUUGAAACUCCACAAGAAAUUCAGCACCAGGAAGGUGACACUGAGCACAUUAAAAUGAAAUAGAAACUCUACAUGCAGCAACAUCCAUUAUUUUUGUGGUCAGUCUGGAGCAGAAUAUGUUAGCGGCGUACAGGACGCGUACUGGUGUAAUUAUGCCCGUCACAGCAGGAGGGCACGCAUCAUUGACCAUGACCGCACUGCACCUGCCAGUCAUGCAAAUGAACACACGCGUCGAGACUGUUAAAGCAGCUGUCGUAUUAAUGUGGAUGCGCCCCAUAUGAGUGACAAGUUGGCAUCACUGUUGAACGCACAAGUGCUUUCAGAUACAGUGCACAGCUAUGAGCGAUCAGACUGCCUUUUAGAGCGUGAAUUAUUGUGAAAGGUACUGCUUAUUGUAUAAAUGCUGAAAUGUGCCUGUCCAUCUUAAGCUGGAGCUCAAGAAUUC